UUUGAGUCUCAAAACGUAUGACAAAAACAGUUACUUUGAGUGCAAAACAACAAAACAGUUGAUUGCGUGAGAAAUCAGUCGCUCAUCGAAACCAUUAUUAAUAGCAGUCAUAAUAAUCAGUGAUUACAUCGACUGCACCACAAAAUGCUGUGACUCUACCACCGAUUGCCACCGCAAGACACCAGUGAAGACACCGCCGAAGACAUGGGCAACUCGUUGGUGGGGUCGGCCCCGCAGGCCAUACACCCGAUCGAGUACUACCUGUCCGAUGUGGGCGAGUUUCAGUACCAGUGCUCGCUCGGGUCGACCCGUUUCCUCAAAGUGGCCAAAUGUGGUCACUAUGAGGGCGAGUGUGUGGUGAAGGUGCUGGCCGUCGAAGACCCCUCUCUACCCCUCGCCGCCCACAAGCAGCGCAUCGAACGCCUGUCCGCCCUAACCGUCCGCAACGUGUCGAUCGCCGCCUUUCACAGGGCUGUCAUUCAAGGCUCGUUCGCACUCAUCGCCCGACAGUACGUCCGGUACUCCCUCUACGACAGGCUCUCCACCCGGCCAUUCCUCACGCGGCUCGAGAAGUGUUGGUUAGCCUAUCAGCUGAUCCGAUGCGUCGAUUGGUGUCACAGGAAUGGCGUACAUCACGGAGACAUCAAACUCGAGAAUAUCUUGAUUACGUCCAGCCUAUGGCUCGUGAUGUCCGAUUUGGCCACUUAUAAGCCCGUCCUAUUGCCCCACGACAACCCGUCGGACUUCUCGUACUUUUUCGACACAUCCCGGCGCCGGUGUUGUAAUAUAGCGCCCGAGCGGUUCGUGAGCGACAGCGGCUCCGGCCUCCAGUCGGACGUAUUGAGCGCGACGUCGACGCCCACCUCCAGCCCCUCGACGGACGCCCAGUUGACCCCUCAGAUGGAUAUGUUUAGCGUCGGCUGCGUAUUGGCUGAGCUCUUCUCAGACGACGCCCCGAACGGCAAUCUCUUUGAUUUGGCGGAUCUGUUGGCGUUUCGCGUCAAUCAAUACUAUCCGGAAAAGGCGUUGAACUCGAUAUCGACGGCCGGGAUCAGGGAUUUGGUGCAGAAUUUGAUUAGUUUGGAGCCAAUGGACCGCAAACUCGGCGCACAGAUACUCCAGGAAUUGAGUGGUUCCGUGUUUCCCAAGUAUUUCGAUACGCUGUACGACUAUUUGAGACAAUUGGCGCGACUCCCGCCCGACGCUAAGAUCAUACGCCUGGACCAGGAUAUGGAUCAGCUCUUGGAGCCGAUGCUGGCCGAGGAUGGACACGGAUUGCUGUUGGUGUUGGUGGUGAUCACGUCGACGAUGCGCGCGUUGAAACACAUUCACUGCAAGAUUCUGGCGCAACGAUUGUCUUGUAGGAUAGCCAACGCCUCGCCGGUGAUGUCGGCGUUUAUUACGGAUAGACUUUUGCCGUAUUUGUUGCAUUCGCUCAACGAUACUGACCCUCGAGUGCGCGCCGAGACUAUCGGCUCCAUAACGUAUAGCUUGGAACAAGUGGUGGAUUUGCCGCAAAGUGAUAACAAUGUCUUCACGGACUAUAUUCUUCCAGUUUUGUGUCAAGUGGUGUCCGACCGGUCGGUGUACGUGAGGCUGACAUUAGCGGCAAACAUCAGUCGCCUAUCGAAAGUGGCGCUCAAUUUCUUGAGCCAAUCGUGUGAUGAGAACUACGACGAAGAGUUGUCUCUAUUGCACGACUCGUUUCAGAUGAUUGUCUCACAACUGCUGACCGACUCAAACAACUGCGUCCGGAGGACACUGCUGUUGACGCCCAACAGCUGCGCCAACCUCUGCGUGUUCUUCGGCAGACAUAAGACUAAUGAAGUGAUUCUCAGUCAUAUCAUAACCUUUCUGAACGAUAAAAACGACUUCCAACUGCGCGCCUCGUUCUUCGACAACAUAAUAGUGAUCGCCUCAUACCUGGGCUCUCAGUGCUCGACGAUUCUGCAGCCACUCCUACAGCAAGGGUUGUCGGACGCCGAGGAGACCAUCAUCUAUAAGACCAUUACGUCGUUGUCGUCGCUCGUAGAACAAGGAUUACUCAAAAAGAGCAUAAUUUACGAGUUGGUCAGAGAAGCCCUUCCCCUGUUAGGUCACCCCAACCAAUGGAUUAACAACGCGUUGGUAGCGUUAAUACUGACGCUAUCGUCGCGGCUGUCGUUAGCGGACAUUAACUGCAAAAUAAAGCCAUUAGUGGAGCCGCACCUGCAGAGGAAUAUUCAUACGCUCAAGAACUCGGACCUACUCAAGGACUCCAUACACCCGGCGAUACCCCGAAGUAUACUCGACUUGGUUCUGACAUCGAAGCUAAAUAUCGACAAAUUGUUUGAGUGUUUGGCGCAGAAGAAGGCGUUGCGAACGAUUCCACGCCAUCACCAGUCGGUUGUGGUGUUUGAGGACGCGCUGUACACACGGCUCACGCACGAGGCGAUGACCGACACCGUGGAGGACCAGUUGGUGGCGCUCUCGGAGCUGAUUAGAAAGGUCUACAAAAAUAAGCGCAAUUUGAAUGCGAAGAAAGUGUCGGGAAAUAUAGUGAUUAAUAAGCGGAACGCCAGUCACCCGAGCCGUCGGAGCUUCAGUGUGACGCUGAGGAGCACCGGUAGUGAGAAGCCGACGCAUAAGCGCCAGACGUCGGCUAUGAACGAGGAAUGGCUGCAUAUGUUUGGCUCAAACGCUAAACUCAUUUCGUCUAAUGAUGAGGACGUGGAGAGUGUGAUACCCGUGGCUCACGAGGCCCGGGAGUACGACCAGUCGCACAUCCAGUGCCCACCCUGUCAUCAGGAGCUCAAAGAGCUCAUCGACCACAAGAAGAAUGACUUCAAUCCGUUGGCGUCCAUCAAGUGGUCAAAGCAGACACACUUCAAGCCGAAGGGAGUACUGGUGGCGCACCUCCACGAGCACGAGUCGGCCGUACGACAGGUGCUCCGCAUAGCCGACUCCAGUCUGUUCGCCACGUGUAGUACCGACGGAACCGUUAAAGUGUGGGACUCAUCGAAAAUGGAGGGCAAGUCUGUGGUGAACCGUUCGCGCUAUAACUUCGUGACACAGUCGGCGCUCACCCAACAGUCCAUGGGUGGGAUGGCCUACUGCAAGGACAGCAUAAUCGUGUUCACGAGCACUAAUUACGUGCAUAUACUGGAGAUUAUCCCGAGCUCUAUGCGUAUGAAACUGUUGAACAGCUUUCAGGUGAUACCCGAUGUGGAGGGCUCUGUGAUCACAGACAUUACGGCGUUGACGGAGAAUACGUUCGCCAUAUCCCUGUCCGACUCGUCGGUACUCACGUACGACAUCCGGAUUCUUGUGUCCAAUCAGACGGAAGUGAAGCCGAUCUGGAAGUUGAAUAUCGCGGCCCACGAGCGCCUCAUUACGACCAUCGAUGGCAACGAUUAUGUGCUGUUUUGUGGCACUUCCAGAGGGCUGUUGAUUACGUUUGACUUGAGAUUUCUGAUCAGAUCUAAUGUGUCGUCAUAUCCGACGCAGAAUAGGAUCAGAAAAAUCAAGUACACCGAAGACGGACUCUAUUCCUCUGCUCAGGGCAACUGUGAAGUGACGCUUUGGGACUGCGAGUCGGGCUCCCGAGUCAGGACACUGUGGGCGAGUACGGCGCCGCCCCUGUCCUUAACUCAGGCGUCGCAGCACUCGGUGCUGGGAAUGCUGGUGACCAACGCGGGCGCCGAGUCGUCGAUCAUCACGUCGGGCACCGACAUGCGGAUCCGGUACUGGGAUUUGGCUAAACCCGAGCGCAGUUACAUCAUCUCCGACAACGCCAAGUGCGCCAAUAAUGUCAAGUAUUGCUCGAAAUUUAUUGAAGGCAUUCACGUCAUACACGAGUGCCAGGAGUCGGCUCAGGCGGGAGCGCCGGCACACUCGUCGUGGGACCAGCAGGUCGUGAGUCCGUCGCACAGGGACUGCAUCACAGACCUGACGCGCGUCAAUCACCUACUGGUGUCGGCCGGCAGUGACGGUGUCGUCAAAGUGUGGAAAUGA